AUGUACAAGUUGAAGAAGAAGGAGAUGGAGAAAGCCUCACCAUCCAAGAAGUGCAUUGCUCUUCAAGCCGAAGUUGAAGACAAGGGCAAAAGCAAGGCAAGUGAAGCUAAUGAUGACUUGGAAGGAGAAAUUGCUCUUUUGGCUAGAAGAUUCAAUGACUUCUUGGGAAGAAGAAAAGAAAAGGGAAGAGGCUCCAACUCAAAUAGAAGAAGAAAUAGAAGACCAAACAAGACUCUCUCAAACUUGAGGUGUUUUGAGUGUGGUGAGAAGGGACACUUUGCUUCUAAGUGUCCCUCCAAGGAUGAGAAUGGAGACAAGUCAUACAAGGAGAAGAGUGGAGGUUACAGGCUAAUGAAGAAGCUCAAGAAGGAAGGAAGAAAAAUUGAGGCAUUUAUUGGGCAAUGGGACUCAAAUGAAGAGAGUACUACCUCAUUCGGGUCCGAUGAAGAAGAAAUUGAUGAUGAUGCAAGCUCCAAGAAAAAGAAGAUGGCCGUGGUUUCUAUCAAGGAGGCUCCAUCACUCUUCGCUCCUCUUUGUCUCAUGGCAAAGGGCACAUCUAAGGUAAAAUUCUUUAGUGAUAGUGAAAGUGAUGAUGAUUGUGAUGAUGAUGUUUCCUAUGAUGAGCUUGUGAGUAUGUUUGAGGAGCUCCAUGCUUAUAGUGAAAAGGAGAUAGUCAAGUUCAAGGCUCUAAAGAAGGAUCAUGCUUCUUUGAAAGUCUUGUAUGAGGAGUUAAAGACUUCACAUGAGAGACUAACCAUUUCUCAUGAGAAGCUUAAGGAAGCUCAUGACAACCUCCUUUCUACUACACAACAUGGAGCAUCUAUUGAUGUUGGCAUAUCUUGUGAUUUGCUUGAUGAUAGUACUACUUGUCAUAUUGCUCAUGUUGCAUCAUCUAGCAUUUCUACCUCUUGUGAUGAUCUUAUGGAUGUGCCUAGCUCUAGCUCUAGUUCUUGUGUAUCCACUCAUGAUACAUCACUUGUCAUUGAGAACAAUGAGCUCAAAGAGCAAGUGGCCAAGCUCAAUAAGAGUUUGGAAAGAUGCUUUAAUGGCAAGAACACUCUUGACAAAAUUUUGAGUGAACAACAAUGUAUCCUUAACAAGGAGGGACUUGGAUUCAUUCCAAAGAAGGGAAAGAAACCUUCUCACCAUGUCACUCGCUUUGUCAAAAGCAAUGACAAGUAUUGCACAAAGUGUCAUGAGGUUGGGCACUUGGUAAAUGAUUGCCAUGGUGGCAAGCCUCCCAAGCCAUACUUGUUUGACUCACACUAUAUGCUUAGGAAGACUCAUGAUGGUAGGAUUGUUGCCAAGUAUGUUGGUUCCCCUAUACUUGGUGGUAAAAAGAAUGCCAUUUGGGUGAACUACCGCACCGGUGGGAACCAUUGGGUGCUUGAUAGUGGAUGCACUCAACACAUGACCGGUGAUAGGGCUAUGUUCACCACAUUUGAAGUGGGAGGAAAAGAAAAGGAGAAAGUGACAUUUGGAGACAAGUAG